GGAUCGCUUCAUUGGAGACUAAGAUUCAAGCCAUGAGUAAAGUGUCCGUGGAACGUGCUGAGGCGUAUGAGCAAAAAUUGGACGCUCAGGAUCAGUAUCAGCGUCAAAAUGAUAUCCAGAUCUUUGGACUUCCUGAGAAGAGUGGAGAGAAUGUUACCGAGGUUGCCACUGAACUAUGUAGUGACAAACUCAAGCUCUCGAUCGAUGAUGUGCUGAUCGAUCGAUGUCAUCAUGUGAGUCGCCUUCACUCAAUACCUGGUGAGACUGAGGCCAGGCCGCGCGCAAUAAUUGUCAAAUUUAUAAGUUAUCAGACCCGGCGUACUGUGAUAUCGGCGAGGAGGCAGCUCAAGGGCUCCGGUGUGACGGUGAGAGAGGACCUCAAUCGGUGGCGUAAUACUCUUCUCCGUGAUGUUGCUGGCAGAGUGGGCAUCAAGAAUACAUGGACUGUUGAUGGCAAGAUCAUGUGAUGUGAGGAGGACAAGAUUUGCUCAACUGAGUGGCCUCUAUCGGUUGGAGCAAAUUAAAAA